AUGGUCUCGAUCAAUGUCUUCAGCGCCCUUCUCCUCGCCUGUUCAGUCCUCGCCAAGGAAUUCGACUACGUUGUUGUUGGCGGAGAUACCACCGGAAUGCCCCUCGCUAUUCCUCUCGCCGAAUACUGGAACGUCGCUCUCGUCGAAGCUGGGGGUCGCUACGAGAAGCGAUACCCACUAGCGAAGACACCUGGAGCAGACGUGCUGCCCGUGGGCUCUGAUCCGGAAACCACAAGCCCUAUAGAUUGGGGCUUUGUGACCGAGCCCUUUCCCGGCGCGAAUGGUCGGAGGCUGCACAUUGCGCGAGGAAAAUGUCUUGGAGGAUCCUCCGCGCUCAACUUUAUGAUCUACCAGCGACCCACGAAACAGUCUCUGGACAUGUGGGCCUUGUCAAGUAUGGACCUGAGCUACUUAAUCGAGAAUGUCCCGCCCUGGUACCAGCGCAGCGUCAGAUUCACGCCUCCAACCACCACAAAGAGAUUUGAGAAUGCGAGCGUAUUGCACAACGCAGAUGCAUUUGUUCCUUCUGGUGGACCGUUGGAGGUGACGUACCCAAACUAUGCCCAAUCAUUCUCAACUUGGCUAGAAGGCGGCUUCGAAGAGGUUGGCAUACACCGGGCAGUCGAUUUUAAUAGCGGGAAUUUGGAGGGAUACCAGUACUGUUCCUCGACCAUCCGACCGAGUGCUCAGCAUCGAAGCAGCUCCACGUCGUCACUCCUGGCCCAGCCAAUUCCAACCCUUACAGUUUACACAGACACCCUUGCGAAACGGGUCAUUUCGAUGAUGAACUGA